AUGGCCAUCUUAGUAGAGAGCAAAGAAAGUGUUCAAGUUUCAACUACAACUGGGUGUGGAUGGUCUGCUGCCUGCUUUGUAUCAGAUAAAAGCCCCCAUCUUCCCCUCUCAUCUUUGCACUUCCAACCUUCGAAGGUUUUCAUCUCAUUUUCAUCGAAUAUAGAUAUAUUCACCAGUGUCUGCUUCAUUAUGUCCGUCACUAAUGUCCUAAUGCGUCGGGGCACCGAGCUUGCUGUUACUCACAUGCAGUCGGAUAAGCCUGAGCAGCGGCCUAAUGGAGGCUUGGUCGCUCUGUUUGCUAUCACUGCUAUCUUGAUUGGUUUUGCUUUCUGGGCUGUUGAGUAUACCUACGGAAUGGUGAUCUCCACUCUGGCCGCAGUUGAAGAUACCAACCCCGAUAUCUACGUGCACAUUACUCCAGGUCCCGAUCCCACCAAGCCAACCGACGAGGAAGAUCCUGAGCUGGUUGACCCUACCCCCCUCAAGCCUAUCACCAGCAAGCUGCGCACCACUGUGAAGCACCUGCGCUCCCGUGCUGGCUUCUGGUCUCGCUUCCGUGGAAUGGGCAUGUUCGUGGCCUACACCGCGGCCCGUGGAUUCCUGUCAUCUUUCAUCCCUGUUCCUACCACUUCAUAUCUGGGCCAGUUUGUCGUUCAGUCUAUCCUGAGCGUUCUGCUGGCUACUUGGCAGAUGGCCUGGGUGCACAUUGUCAUCUCUGAGCCCUCCCCAAAGCGCUUCUACCAGCGUAUCCCCAGCUAUAAGACCUGGAUUAAGAUUGCCCCAGCUGCUGCUCUCCAGGAUGUUCUCACCGCUGCUGCUUUCUUCAUCCCCAUGGCCAUUGCCAAUUUUGCUGGUUGGCUCGAUGUUGCUGGUGACCAGGAUGUCCCGCCUAUGGUAGCCAUCUACCGUUUUAUGGGUGCCAGUGUAAUUCCUGCUCUUCUGGCAUUCCUGAUCUCAAUGCCUGCUCGUGUCAUCUUCGUCCGCGUGGCUGCCUCCAUGCUUCCCGAGGAGGAUGAGACUAUUGUGCCAUUUGAUCGCUCUUUCGGAGGCAAAGUCAGCCCUGCGAUCACCGGUGGCAGUGGCAAGAUCGGCCUCAUGGAUGCAUGGACUACCUUCGACUGGGCUGCCCGUGUCCGCUUCGCCAAGGUUAUUGGCAAGACAUUUGCCAUGGAGAUGGCGCUUGGUAUCUUCGCCACUCUGGUACUUGGUGUUCAGGUCUUUUGGAUUGUCAAGACUGCCAAGCCCGUUGACUCAGAUACUCCUGGGCUCCAAAUAAGCUGGAAGUAAAAAAAACUAUUGAGAUCCGAUGAAUCUCAGGUGGUAGACCGUGAAGAAUGCUGGGAUGUGCGCGUACUUGAUGCCUUUGCUAUAUCUAUAUUACUGGGAGAGAUUGAAAUGUUUGCCCCAUGCGAUAGUCUUUCAACUUAUGAACUCCGAGAUUCAAAAAUCA